GGCCGCCGCCGCGCCGAGGCUUGCUGCCCGCUUCUGGCCGCAGGGCGGGCGGCGCGGUGCCCCUCCGCUGGGCUGUGGUUGGAGCCGUGGCGACUGCGCGCUGGGUAGCUUCCUGCCACACGCCGGGAGUUGGCUUCACAGUCGCGGGACGGGAACCUCGGAUCGGUCUGCUGGCUCUGUGUUCCGGGCACCGCAGCGGGAGUCCUGGUGCUGGACUCGAUGAGAGCAAAGACAAUGCUGACAGGAAUAACAAGGCUUUUCUCCAGGGUCCAGAAGUUGGACCUGAGGUGUUUUUUACACGUGAGUGCCCAAGCACCUCAGAGCAAUCCAGUUCCAGCUGAGCGUCCCAGAACUGUUUCCCGCACCAGUGACAGUGACCCGGUAAGUUGUGGGGGGGCUCCAGAGAUUAUAUCCUGUGUUGCCGUGGACUUCUUUUCCACAUCAGCAAACUGGUUCUCAUACACUCAGAUGACGGCCCGGGCGAGUCACUCAACCUGCAGUGCUGGGAAAAGAGAAAGUACAAACCACUUAAGUACAUUGCAGUACCCUUUUCUGUGCAUUUCUGAGCAGGAUUCCUGGAAUCGUGGCAUUCAGGUGAAGACUUUUGGCGAAGCUUGUCUGAUGGUAAGGAAGCCAGCUCUAGAGCUUCUGGGCUACCUGAAAAAUACCAAGUUUACUCACCCUGCUGUGCGGUAUCUUCUCUAUGGGGAGAAGGGAACAGGAAAAACUCUCAGUCUUUGCCAUGCUGUUCAUUUCUGUGCAAAACAUGACUGGCUGGUUCUGCAUAUCCCGGAUGCUCAUCUUUGGGUGAAGAACUGCCGGGAGCUUCUGCAGUCCACCUACAAUAAAGAGCGCUUCGAUCAGCCCCUAGAGGCGUCCACCUGGCUGAAGAACUUCAAAACCACCAAUAAGCGCUUCCUGAGCCAGAUAAAAGUUCAGGGGAAGUACGUUUGGAACAAGAGAGAAAGCACUGAGAAGGGCAGUCCUCUGGGAGAAGUUGUUGAACAGGGCAUAACACGCGUGAGGAAUGCCACAGACGCCGUCGGGAUCGUGCUGAAGGAGCUUAGGAGCCAGAGUUCCGAAGGACACUUCCGCCUCCUGGUAGCAGUGGAUGGGGUCAAUGCCCUCUGGGGAAGGACCACACUGAAAAGAGAAGACAGGACCCUGAUUGCCCCGGAGGAACUAUCCCUGGUCCACAGCCUAAGGAAAAUGGUGAAAAAUGAUUGGCAUGGAGGUGCAAUUGUGCUGAGUUUGAGCCAAACCGGGUCGCUCUUUAAGUCCCGAGCCGCAUAUUUGCCGCACGAGCUUCUGGGAAAGGAAGGGUUUGAUGCCUUAGACCCUUUUCUUCCCAUCCUCAUUUCCAACUAUAAUCCAAAGGAAUUUGAAAGUUCUUUCCAGUAUUAUCUAGAAAAUAAUUGGCUUCAGCAUGAGAGAGCUCCGACGGAAGAAGGGAGGAAGGAGCUGAAGUUCCUGAGUAACUGCAACCCCGGGCAGCUGGAGCGGCUCUGUGCUGCCCUGUGAGCACCAGCGCCUAGCGCAAGCGGGGCGGCCUGGCCACAGUGCCCACGUCCCGCUGUCCCUAUGCUGAGCCCCGCAUUAAAGGCAGCUGUGCUCUCUAA